AUGACAGCCACCUCAAACGCCGACCCGUCCGGCCUCAGAAACCGCCCCAGACCCAAGCACGACGACGAUGCCUCUCAAGACGAAUCCCUCCUCGCAGCCGCAGAACACAAAGCCCACGACCUCGAACGGAAGAUCGAGCGCGCCCUCCUCGUCCUCUGGGACGACCUCCCCCACUGGCGCCGCGACAACGCCUACAUCCUCUCCGGCUACCGCCCGGACUCCAACUCCUACCUCGGCUCCUUCAAGAGCCUGGGCUACCUGCACAACGAGUCCGUCAACAUCUGGUCGCACCUCCUCGGCGCCGUCGCCUUCCUCCUCGGCGGCGCCUUCCUGUACACCGUCGUCGCGCCCCGCUACGCCUCCGCCUCGUCCACCGACCUCCUCGUCUUCUCCUGCUUCUUCGCCGGCGCCGUCGCGUGCCUCGGCAUGAGCGCGACCUACCACGCCCUCUGCAACCACUCGCCCGAGGUCGCGAAAUGGGGCAACAAGCUCGACUACUCGGGCAUCGUCUUCCUCAUCGUCGGCAGCUACGUCCCGGCGUUGUACUACGGGUUCUACUGCCACCCGGGCCUGAUGACAGUCUACCUAAACACCAUCGUCCUCUUGGGUCUCGGCUGCGGCAUGGUCUCGUGGGUCGAGUUCUUCCGCGCCCCCGAAUGGCGCACGUUCCGCGCCUGCAUGUUCGUCGCCCUCGGCACCUCGGGCGUCGUGCCGGUCGUCCACGGCCUGACCGUCUACGGCCGCGCCGAGCUCGAGAACCGCAUGAGCCUCAGCUGGGUCGCCCUCCACGGCCUGAUGUACAUAUUCGGGGCGUUCCUGUACGCCUUCCGCUGGCCCGAGAGGAGCUCGCCGGGGACCUUUGACAUCUGGGGCAGCUCGCAUCAGAUUUUCCACUUCUUCGUGGUCCUCGCUGCCGCGACGCACUUGUACGGCAUGGCGAAGGCGUUUGAUUAUCACCACAGUGUCAUGGGCUCGCAGUGCUAG